GCAUUCUUUGAAUGUAGAACGACAGAGAGCGCCAUAUUCAAUAAACAACGUGCAUGGGGGCCUAGUUCAACAGACGGCUGACCAUGUUGAUGAUAAAGAUUCACUGUUCUAAAUACAUUUGAAUAGAUUUCAUGUUGCAAAUAUGAACCCAAAUAUACCGAUGUAUCCUAUGCAGAUGGGAGAUGGCUACACUAAAUAUUAUUCCCAGCCUAAUCACCUUCCCUAUGCUACAUACAAUUCAGGACCCCAGCCAUAUACACAGUUACCCUAUUCCACUCCCUCAAUGACCCCAGGGUCUCGUGCCCCAUCCCCCCUGUCUCUCCCACCACAGAAUGUGCCUCCCUCAUCCUUAGGGCAAAGAUACCAUGCCCCAUCAAAUAAUAUGUACCCUAGAUUUCCAGUGCAAGAUUUAACGGGGAGACCAUUAAUGCAGCCACGCUCUUGUUUGUCCCCCAGCAAUGUUUCCUACACACCAGUCAGUCCAAAGACUUCAACAGGAAAGGCGGUGUUGUUCAUGAACUGCUCACCAGAUGUGUAUAAAAGGUCACCAACACCCCCUGGAUCAUACAGAUCCCCUGGAUCCACUCCUACAGUUUUUGGAUCAAGUGCUGGAACAACUCCUCAUAGUCAACUCCCACCACUUCAUGAUGAAGCUAUCUUUCAGUCUUACAUGGACUCAACUCAAGGUGAAAGAACAUCAACUCCACCACAGUCAGUGGAAGACAAGUUCAAAGCCAAAGCAUCUCAGUAUGGUAUUGAAAUCAGCAGUACAGUGGAACAGUUCCUGAAAUCGCAGGAAAAAGACACCAAACACACCAUAGUGCCAAAAGUCAGCAAAUCAGACCCCACAUUAAACCAUCACAAGAAACAGCAAGGGGAUGCUCUCGACAAUUUUCAACAGAAGGCCCUCACAAAUGGAAUCAUAAUGGAGGAUCCCAGAGAGAAAGCUGAGUUGAGUGAGAUGAGUUCCAAAGAGAGGGAUCAAGUAAUCAUGAAAUGCAUUGAUGAAUUCUGUGGAACUGGAAAAGAAUUGUUGGAUGAGGAGGAGAGAAAUUCCCUUUGGAACAGGUCAAAUUCAAUUCAGUCCACCUCAUCAAAGCACAGUGAAAGUCAAGAAGAUUCUUUUGAAGAAGAAACAGGUAUAGAAAAAAGCUGGGAGGAAGAUGUUAACUCGGUGGAAAUUGAUCAUCAAAAGACUGAAAAUGUUCAGUUGGGAAAAAAUGACACAAUGAGAGGGAAGGACCAAACAUAUUUAGAGGAUCUUGCAAAAGAACUUGUGAAUGAUGCUAUCUUAGGUGCCUUGAAGGACUUGAGGGUUGAAGAAAAUGAAAGGAAUUGCACCGACAAGGCAACCUGUGGAAAUAAACUAUACUCUUGGCCAAUGAAAAUGAACAGCAACGAUAUCCAAACAGACAAACAACAAACUGAUAGCAACAAUAAUGGAAGUGUGCCACUGGGUGUGAUAGCCUCUAAACCACUUCUUCGAAGUGUCCUUGACCCAGGGUCACCAGAGUUCAUGCCCAAGGAGAAAACCUCCUUCCCCCUUAAUACUGGCUCCCCAGAGUUCAUUCCUUCCACUGGGAAUGGAGCAAUGCCUUGCUUUUCAUUUGUGAAUUCUGUAUCUGACAAUUCUUGGCCUGAGGGACAGAAAGAUACCUCAUUUAAUCCUGCACAGCAUAUUCAUAGACUCGAUCAGAGCUACUACUCCAAGAAUGCCUCCUGUCAAACUUGGUUGGAACCUAUGGUGAAUGCAUCCUGUAACACCCCCCAAGUGAAGUUGAAGGACCAGAGCAUGGAGACGGUCACCUGUGAUUUAAGGGAAGUUGGCAUUAACACCAUGGAGACUUUUGAGUGUGAUGAUGACGACACCAUCAUCAUGCCAUUGAAUGAACUUCGCUGCAGGCUAGCCGAUACUCAGAGAGAACUGCUGUUACUUCGAGGGAAGGUGUGUCUAGAUGAAAUGGAGAGACAAAUAUCCACUUUGGAGAAGAGUAGAAUUACAUGGACAAGCUAUUUUGAUCUUGAUGAUGCAGACUUGGAAGAAUUGAUAGAUUUCCAGAUUACAACUUUAAAGAAAAAGAUCUUGUGUCAUUUGGAAAAAAUACGAGAGUUUGAAGAGAAACUGGAUUCUGGAGAAAUUCUUACUGAAGUACCAUGUUUUGAAUCCAUUGUCACAAGUAACAGCAAAGUUAGCAAAUUAGUGAACAAAAAGAAAAUGAAUAGUCUUCAGAAAUUCAGUCAAGAGCUUAGCCAUCAUUCUAUUGAAAAGACAACCACUACCUACAGCAUUGCUGACAAUGACAGUGUAGUGGGAUUAGUGGCAGAAAAUAGGAGUGUGUCAAAUUCACCUACAGAUGAGAUGAUGAAUCCAAAUCCAACCAAGACUGUAAGUGAUAGUCAAAUGGCAAAAAAGAAAAAAACUAAAGACAAGACAAAGAAGAAGGGAGUAAAGUCUGGAGGGAAGAGUCAGGUCAAGGAGGGGCAAAGUAAGGUCAAGGACAGUGGAGAGGUCAAGGCUGAAAAGAGAGACAAGCAUACGGCAGAACAAACUCAACAGCAGGCCACUGUUAAUAAUGGUAAUCUAUCUACACCGGAAGAAGUGGCACAAUUUUUACAACUUGAAUGGGAAUUGUCUCAAAAACAAGGUGUUGUUGAUGAUACAGUACUAGUGAGCAGCAAUAUGGAUAAUCCUACAGGGACAGAUAAUUUACAAUGCCCUCAGAGGGAUGAAAAAGUGGAAAGGAAGGAAACUCAAACGGACUCUGUAUCAAAAUCUAGUUUGAAAAGUGAAGUUUUGUAUUCAUCUAGUCACAUUGUCAAUUCUUUAGAUGUCAAGUCAAAUUCAGUAGUAAAGCAGAAAAAUGAUGAAUCAUCUGCAGAUUUCAAUUGUUCGCCUUACAUGACAAACAAUUCAACUGAAUUUUUGUGUGAAUUAAAUGAUGGAAAUUUUCCCCCUACUGAACAAACUGGUGUAAGCGUUGUGCAGAUUUCUUCUACUAAUUUGGAAACAAAUGAAUUUGAUAUGAAACAUUUAAAAAAAAUUGAAAUGCAAGUGAUUGAUCAAGAAAAUGUGAAUGGAGUUCCACUUGGUCAAACAAAACAAAUGUCAAAUGAAGAAAUGCCUCCUGCAUCUGCAGUUCAUGACAUGAUGGGUUCAAAUCUAGAACCUCAAGUUUCCAACUCAACUGCUACUCAACAGACAUUGCCAGAAUCUGGUGUAACUGUGGAUCCCAUAUUGUUUGAAGCAGUGAAGGCCCAAAUUGCUCAGGUGUACCCAGCGUUUGCAGCAGAUCCAAGUGUGUUGAACUCGAUUGCCCUCCAACAGACUAUGGUGUUACAGGCGUGUGUUGCAUCAGGGGGUAAUCUGGGCAUCAGUGGGGCACAGCCUGUUGUGGGCAGUGAAAAAGUGGAUACAGAGCCAAAAUUAAGUCUACAAAUUCCUUCAGAAAAUUCAGCAUGCAAGCAAGAAAAAGAUACUUCCAGCUGUGUUCAACCUCAACCUCAUCAACAAAAAGAGACCACUGACUUUUCUUUGGAAACUUCCAUCCCAACGUCAGCAAGUGGGGCCAUUCCAAAACGUGUAAGUUCAUACCAGAAUUCUGGAAUUAUGGCAAAUCCUUUACCAAAUAGGAAGGAAUUUGACUCCCAAUUGGAGCAGAUUCAAGAUAUUGCACCUCCACCUGGUCUUUGUGGAACAUCUAUUGCAAGCAACAGUAGUGGAUCCAAACCUUUUAACUUUGGUGCAGAAAAUAAAGCUUGUGAUCCCUAUACUAUGCCUAGUGUACAGUCAGGUAUUGGAGCUUCAAUAAAUCUGGAUCAUGUUAAUCAGCCUGACCCAGCAACGCUAAACACACAGUCGGCGUAUAUACCACCUCUCAUCCCUAAAUCAUUUGACACAAACUUUGAGCAUCAAGCUCCAGAGGUGUCAGAAGGUUUCAUGAAGUCAAGUGUUGAUUACUUUGGAAACCAAAAUAAAACAGAACAAUUAUUAACCAUUGGUCAGAAAUCUUCAGCUUUUCCUUCAAACCCAAGCCUCAUCAGCAAAAGAGAGUUUGCACAACCAAGUAUUGCAUCAAAGGAGAUGUCAAAUCAGAAACAGUUGGAGAACAGUUUGGAUUCCAUAAGUGACAAAAUCAGCAGUAUUAAUCUCUCAGCUGGGAUAGUAGGAGGUUCGCCUAAUGUCUUAAGGAAAGAACAUUUCACUCAGAAGGGUGAUUCAAAAAUGGAAUCCCUCAACCUGGAUGAGAUUGAUGAUGAUGAUGAGGAGGAGGAAGACGAGAAAGAUUUUGCAAUUAAAUCUAAGGAAUCUCAAGAUCUUUUCAAUCAGUGGCAGAAACCAUCCUUAACAAAGAGAGAGAACACCCCUCCUCCAGAGGAGACCAAGUCCAACCAGCUUGGGAUGCAGAAACUGGGCAGUGUGAUGCACACACGUCGCACUCAGCUGGAGAAAGGUUCACUGAGGGACUGGAUGAAGAAAGACACAGAGGUGGAAGUUGGCCGUGCUGUAGAUCAGUUGGAUCAAAUUUCUUAUGGUUCUGACACACAGCAGCAACUUGCUGUCCAGGCAAGACCUCAAGAAAAGCCUAGAUUAAUCAAAGAAACAACACCAGAAGAAGAAGAGAGCUGGACUCAAGUCACCAAGAAAGGGAAGAAGAAAGAGGUAACCCAGCCUCUUCCACCCUUGAAUCCACAGCCUUCCAUAAAUCCACCACCUAAAUUGUCUGCCACAUCAAGACCAUCUUCUGAAAAGAGCAACAACUUUGAGAGACUUGUUCAGAGACUUGGUGAAAUCUUUGCAGGAUUAAGCAGAGAGGAACUGAUCAGUGUGAUAACGUCGGUCAGGAAACAGAGAGGGGGCCUCAGUGGUUUAACGGUCAAGGACAUUGUGGCUGAUGCUAGGGUUUUUGCUACACGGCUCAUGAAAAACAAGAAUAAGCUGGUCACUCAAACUUUCUGUGACUUUUCCAUGCCAUUCCAAAAGAACCAAGAGAGACCGCCGCCUAGGGAUGAUGAAGAGAUUUGCAUCAUUUGCCAUGAUGGCUUGAGUUGUGAAGAAGUCAAGAGUUUGGAAUGUGGACAUGUUUUUCAUGCAGGGUGCAUCAAACAAUGGGUGUAUGGCAGAGAAAUGACUUGUCCCACAUGUAGAAGACUGGUGCUGUUUCCUGAGGAAUUUCCCAAACUGGGAAAGUAGUUUUGGACCUUUAAUUUUCCUCCUCUGACAUUGUGGGGUUAUAUCGUACCAGUACUUAAAGAUUUGUCUUGCAAAGAACUGUAAACUAUGCAUUGUUUUAUAUUUGUUUUGCAUUACAUAGGGAAUGUAUAUCAAAAUAAGAAGCAAUUUUGUUGUAGUAAUGACUUUUUCUAUAAAAUGAAAUGUUAAAUU